CUUUUAGCAAUAAAAGUCCCAUCUUUAAUCAAUUUCCAAGAAGCAUACUUCACCUCACUGCAUUAAGCCAACCAACCUCGGUUCCAUUGAAAGAAAACCAUUUUCUUUAUCAAAAAAUGCAAAAUUUAUCAGCGAUAACCCAGAAAAGAUAACUAAAAUGUGCGAUGUUCUACGGCAAAUAAAACGAGGCGGAGAAAUCAAUUUUGUUGAUAUUAUGAGGCAAGAAAUACAGAAAAAUAGAAGCCACUACAACGGUUCCUCAUAGAUAUAGAUAGCGGCUACUUGGGUGUACGUCAGUGAUUCGGGCAACUUAACGAGGCCCAAAACGAAAGUCAAACGGAAACCCAAACCAAUUGAGAAUACAUACAUUAGUAUUAAGUGUGGGUUCUGUCUGGGGGAAGUGAUCGUUUUAGUGGUUCCUAAUUGGAAACCCAGUGUCUGUCACCCAGUGCAGAAAUUGCAUAAUGCCCGGGCUCAAAAACCCCAUCACAUCACGUGUAUGGAUCGUCUGGCACCUGACAGACCCACUGAAAUUACUUCAAUUUAGUUUUUUUCUGAGAUGAGGAAGUUGAUGGAGAGGCCAGACAGAACAAGAGAAAUUGAAAGCCAUUAAGUACCUUUAUAAAUAAAAGCGAAAUACUACUAACCGCAUGGCCCACUGGGAUGAUACAUGCAAGUUCUAUAUAUAUACCCUAUACGCGUGGAUAUAUGCUCCUUCAAUUAUUCAAGAGUACAGAGCAGCAGGCAGAGACUUGUGACCACAGAAAUCAAAGAAAUUACGCACGAAAAAUAUCUUGAAAAUGCCAUAAGUUGUAUAUAGAUACACAGCCGGCGCAGACUCAUCAGAUACACUUGCACACACACACAUUGGUUAGAAGAUAUAGGCAAACUCGAACUGUGGCAAACUAUUUCCGUAUUGAGUUCUCUUCUUCAAUGCCCUGCAUUUGUUUUUUUUGGGCAUAUUGCAAGGCAGCUUUUGUCCAAAUUAAACACUUAAAAUAUGUAAUAUUUAACAUUCCCAAAUUGCCUAAUGAUUGUUUUUCUGAUUUUAACUGACCUUUAAAUAAUUUAUUUUCCCUUAAUACCUGACAUCUUUCAUUCUUGAGCAUUUAUCAACUGAAAUUCAAGAUACAAAAAUGUCUUUGUGACAUUUUCAAAAAUUUAUUUUCGAAAGCAUAUAUGCUUUAGCUGAAAUUCCACAAACAAAUUAUGUACGUGUUCCAAAAGAAUAUUCUAAUAUUUAUGGAUGCGUCAAAUACAUUUUCGAAACGUAGGAUACGUUUCUCGUGAUUUGAGUUUAUGAGUUUGUUUGGCUUGUGGAAAUUGCAUUGACCUAGAAGUCAUAUUGUUGUUUUUUCGGUCUCUUGGGUAUUUUUAUGGGGUCUUUGGAAUACCCUGCAUUCUGUUUUGGUUUUGCACAUUUCUCCCAGAACACUCUUACGCUCUCUAUUUUCCCCACUCUCUCUAUAUUUUUUCUGUUUUCUCUGUAUGUAUUUUGAAAAUGAAAAUGAGUAUCGUUAUGAAUUUUCCCGAUUUUCCUUUCUAUGUGUAUAUUUUUCAAAUACUUGCCACUGUGCAACCGAAUGGGGCGGUGUGUGUGUGUGAAAGUGUGUGAGUGGGAGACUGGGGAGCUGGCUCCCGGCUGAGAUCGUGGAAAGCCCAUGGGCCAUUCCUUGUCCGUCGGUUGCCAGCGCCACGAGAAGCGGGAAACGCGAUUCUAAAAUCAAAAAAGAUACAUUUUUUAAAAAUUCAAAUCACCCCAUAUUCGCAGCCAAUGUUCUGUAUUCAAAACGCAAUUUAAUUUGGCCAAAACAAUUCGCGACAAUCGGAGACAAAGGCGGCGAAAAAUAAACCUCAAAACAUAACGAUUUCGGACGCGUGCCAGGCGGUGGGCGGCGUGCGGUGGGCGGGGCGGCAGCGACGCCAGCAGCGACAGCGACGUCGCUGUUUUAUAUGAUUUUCCCCACGUAGUGCUCUUUUUUUAUUUAUUUCCUUUAUUUUUUUUUUGUAUUUUUGCCGGCUGUCGUUGUGAGCAGCAAAAUGCCGCCGGUCGUCGGUUCUCCGUUCAGUUCUGGUUGAGUUUCUGGCGACGAGUGACACACACAGAGGGCACUAGAAAUAAGCGACAUCGACAAUAAGCGAAACAAAAAACGAAACAAAAUUUAGUUGUACUAUAGAUUCUGGCUGAUUAGGAAACACGAAACACGAAGCACUCGAACGCGCACACACAUAUCUCAAUCCAUAUAGGAAACUGCAUUUGUUCGAAUCGAGCGAAAGUGCCUUAGACGAUGCCCAAUAACCGCAAUCGUAAUCGCAAUCGCAGUCGCAACAAACGCAAUCGAAACCAAAAUCAAAAUCAAAAUCAAAACCCAAAUCCAAACAAUCAUCUAAAGGCAGAGGGGGCGGAGGAUCGGGAGGAGGAGCAGCAGCAGGAUUUACAGAUCGAAUCAGUAGACACAUCUUUAUCCUCCGUAGAUGAUAAUGGAAAUUCUGGCAGCGUUUCAAAUGGGCCAGCCGAAAACAUCCAAAAGGUGACGAAUACUCUUGAGAAAAGCGAGGAGGGAAAAAAAGAAGAAUCAUCCGAGAAACCAGCAACAGUCAUCCAAAAAGAAGAAGAUUUGGACGCAGAAAUGGGUGCCAAAAACUCAAAACAUCGCAAGGAAAAGGCGGAUAAGCAGGCGGCCAAUGGAAAAGCCGAAGAGCAGGUGCGUCCACCACCCACCAUUAUAAGAAGGCCACCCGGCAGCCCCCGUCAAGCCAAGGUCAUAGUUCAUCGUGUGGUGAGGGAAGAGGACAAGGCAAAUGGCAAAGCUGAAUCACCGGAGCAACACAAGGUUGUGGAAUCCAAAGAGCAGCAAUUGGAGGUAGUUGAACCCAAGAAGUCGGAAGAACUGGAGACUAAGGAACCCCCAACUCAACAGCAACUUCCUGAAACUAGUCAGUUAUUAGAGGAUGCACAGCAGCAACAUAUUGCAGUUGAAGAAAAUCUGCAAGCUUCUAAUGUUGGAAACGAUGAUCAUCAGAUCCCCCAAAAGUCAGAUGAAGUGGAUUAUGCAAAGGAACCUUUAAAACAGGAACCCAAAGAACCCGAACAAUAUGUGCUGCAACUUGAGAAAGCCAUGGAAUUUGUAGAAAAUGCACACCAGCAACAUGUUGCUGCAGUGCAAAGUCAUCAAACAACACCGCAACAAGAGCAACUUGCAGCACAAGAUCAACAGGAAUCACAGCAGCAACAUGUUGCUUUUGCACCUGUACUGGAUAAGGACCAGCAGCAACAUGUUGAAAUUGCUUUAAAAUCCCUAGAGAAAAUCCCAGAAAAGGAUAUCCACCAAGCUCAAAAUCCUCUUCCCCAGCAAUUGCCCAACCAACUGACCACCUCCAAGGUGAUUAUCCACCAGAUACACCUGGAAACCAACGAUGGAGACCGCGAAGGAAAGGCUAAGCCCACCUUUGAGGAGAUCAGCAGUACUUCCGGCUCUCUGGCCGGAACCCUAUCGCCACCACCCCGCUAUUUGGUGGAGUCACCCAAGAAUGUAUCCAGUGGUGGUCAGUUUUCCCGCUUCUCCCGCGAUGUGCAAAUCCAGGAGCUGGAACUGACCAGCGAUUGCAGCUCUGGGGAGUUCAACUCACUGCAAUCGCCGCUCGUCUGCGAAGCGGACUCGGAAUCAGAGGGAUCUGCAGUCUUGGGAGCUGAGCGAUCUCCGUCUGAUCCGCAGGUGCCGUCCACUAGCCGCGUGGAGCAGCAGGAGCAGCUGCGUCAGAAGCGUGCCCAGAAACGGAACGCUCUGGAGUCGCACUUCCUGCCGCAGCUGCUCAAUCCGCGCUAUCUGGACAGCAUCCUGGAGGAGAACGGCGAGGCAACCAGUUUCCGCAACUCCACGGCCUCCGCCUCCUCUGGUGGCAGUGGCGAUCAGGCGGGGAAUCGCACGCCCAAGCUGAACGAGACCUUUCCCCGGAGUCAGUUGGACUUUAGCCGGCGGCACAAGCGACGGGAGGAGGCACCUACGCCUCUGAAGUUGGAAACGAAGCUAUUGGAGGAGUCAGCUGAUCUGGAGAGCUGCACCCGACUGCAGAGCGCCCUGUCACCGCAGUCCGAGGAUGCGGAACUGGUGUACCUUAGCUCAUCGGCCUCCAGCAGUGUCUCCGAUCUCAUGGAACUGGAACUGGAGCAGGCGGCCGCCUUGGCGGAGAGGGCACUGGUGGAUUUGGAUACGGAUGCCAGUCGGUUGAUUCAUCGGCCGGAUGAUGAGAUGAGCAGCACCAGCACCACGACGGCGGAGAGAAGUGAGACGGAAGCGGAAACGGAAACGGAGACGGAGAGAGAGGGUGAGGAUGGGGGAGAGGCCGAGGAGAGUCGCGAGAGCACACCUGUUAACCCGACAAUUGCUAGUUCGCUUUCUUCGCUGCUGAGCGCCGCUACGCCGACGCCGACGCCGACUGCGACGCCCACGAUCGACGAACGCGAGCAAUUAGCAAAAGAUACAAAUGUAUCUGGUGGAUCGGCGGUUAGUUUCGGGACAGCAUCGCCGCUAGCGGCCACGCGCGAGGAGUUCGUUCGCAACAUGGACAAAGUGCGCGAGUUGAUCGAGAUGACGCGCCGCGAGGAGGAGCAAGGUGAAACGCCGCGUUCGCCGUCGCCUCAGCCACCGCCCGUUCCCCCACCCCCCGCCACAGUACCGCCUUACAGUCCCCAAUCCGAGUUGUCCUCGUUCCACCUGACCCCCCAGCAGCUGAAGCGGCAGGAGUCGAAUGACUCCCACUGCUCCGACAGCACCACCCACAGCCAAUGCACAGCCAUCCACAUGGCCAGUCCACCACCCACAACCACCCAGCCACCCACACCGCCACUCAGACAAAAGCCUGCACCACCACCAACACCAUCACCCGCUCCACCCGCUGCACCCACCCCCCAAUCAGAGCCAGAGCUUUCAGUUGCAGAUUCGGAUUUGGAUACGGAUGCCAUCAAGAAGCUGCGCCUUCUCUGCACCGAGCAGCUGGCCUCCAUGCCCUAUGGCGAACAGGUGCUCGAGGAGUUAGCCAGCGUGGCCCAGAACAUAGCGAAUCAAUCGCCAGUCAGUCAGGGCAAGAUGCCCUAUCCCCUGCCCCAGUUGCCGCACAUCAAGGAGCUGCAGUUGAACGCCAGCGAGGGCAAGUCCUCCUCCUCCGCCUGGCUGGGACUGCCCACUCAGUCGGAUCCCCAGCUCCUCGUCUGCCUCUCACCUGGUCAGCGGGAACUCCUGGAUGCCCAGACACAGCCAGAUGACCUCCUCGAUGCCCAUCAAAAGUUUGUGGAGCGUCGAGGCUACCAUGAGCUGUCCAAGGCCCAGGUUCUCGAGCAGGAUCAGCAGCAGCGGGAGCAGGAGCAGCAACAGAGCGAGAUGCUCAGGACGGCGGCAAUGAUGCGCGAGUUGCGCAAGAGCCUCUCGCCGCCGGCGCCCCCUCUCCCCCCACCGCCUGUGCCGCUGAAGAGCGCCGAAACGGCGGCCAAGGCGACCGCUCAUGAAAACGCCAAGAGAGAUGACGCAAGCGAGCAAAAGCAGAAGAACGAAUCGUCAUCGCUUGAAAAUAAACCAAGGCGAGCAGCUGAUCUUGAUGGCCAGCAGCAGUCGGCAGAGCACCGCCAGAGCAGCAGUACCAUCAAUCCAGAGACCAUGUCCAAGUUUCCCACGCUGGACAGCAUGGAGAGCGAGCUGGCCAGGAUGUUCCCCCAGCACAAGAGCGAUAUAUUCGAGGAGCAGCGCAAGCGUUUCUCCAACAUUGAGUUUCCCAGCCAUCAAAAUCCUGUCACUCAAACCAAACGCUACUCCAACAUCGAGACGAGUAGCUAUGAGUCCAAGAAGCGCCUGGAGAAUGGUCAGGUAAUCUACGAUGUAAGCACCUCCAGCCAUGAGAAGCAGGAGCAGGGUGAUCCGCCCAAGGAACAGCCCGUACCGCCCAUCCCCCCGCCGCCCAUGAUGUCAGCAACGAAAUUAAACGGUAACACUUUCAUUGAUGGAGACGUGGCGCUUAAAAAUAGCCAGCCAUCGAAAGAGAACCAAAGCGGCAACGGUACGUAUGAGGAAUUUCGGCAGCGUGCCAAGGCCGCCGCAGAUGCUUUUGGAGAUCCCAAGGAGAGGGAGGGGAAUCAGAAUGGCCUGGACCAAGACCGCGUGUUUAAGGAUUUCGAUAGGCUAUCGCAGCAGAUGCACGCCGAACUGCAGACCACCAGGGAGAAGCGCGAGAAGUCCGCCUCGUUGUAUGAUUUGAGUGGCCUCACCCGAACGGGUCAGCAUCCCAAGCUGGAGGAACUGCAGCAGAGGCGGCAUGCCCACAUGCAGGAGUUGGAGAAGGAGAUAGAACGAUCGGCCAGAUCCCGACAGGAGCGCAUGUCCUCGGUGCCGCGGCAGAUGGAGGCCACGCCGCCGCAUACCCGCGAGAUUCCCAUCGAACUGGAGCCCCGAUCCCGAAGAGCCGAAUCCAUGUGCAACCUGAACGAGGCACCACCACCACGUCCGCACACCACAGUGGGUCACUACAAUCAUCCAACGGCUGUGCAGGACGACUGGUCGCGGUAUGCCAGCGAUUUGGGUUACUCGGAGAAUAUAGCUCGGCCUUUUGCCCGGGAGGUGGAGAUCUGCUAUCAGCGACAGAAUCAGAGGACACCACACCAGGGCAUCCGGGCUCCGCGACUCUCGGCCAGCACCAAUGACCUGAGCAGCUCCAGCCACUACAGCUAUGAUACCUUCAACGCGUAUGGAGGCAGGAGGACCCAUGCUCCCAUGCUGAACCAGGCGCAACAGCAGCAGCGUCCCCACUACGGUAGUUGUUACUCCAUGAUCGAGCGGGAUCCCAAUCCCAGGUACAUCAGCACCACUUCGAGGAGGGGCGUGAGUCCAGCACCAGCUGCUCCACUGCAACAGGCUGCACCUGCACCACAGGUGCCACCACCCGCCUACGAUCGCCAGCAGAGGAGAUCCUCGCUGCCCAGGGAGCUGCACGAGCAGCAGCUGAAGUACAUCCUGUCCAAGGAGGAGGAGCUGAAGUUCGAGGUGGAGCGACUGCAGCAGGAACGCCGUCGGCUGAUGGAGGAGAUGCAGCGGGCUCCGGUGUUGCCGGCUCCUCAGAGGCGGGAAAGCUACAGACCCACCGCCAAGUUGCCCACCCUGAGCGAGGAUGAGGUAUUCCGGCAGCAAAUGGCCGAGGAGUGGAUGAACAAGGUGGCCGAGCGGGAGGAGAGGCGUCAGCAUAAGAUCAUACGCAUAUCAAAGAUCGAGGAUGAGCAGGAUCACUCCACGGUGGACAGGGCGACCAUAAGCGAUGAGUUCCUGGACAGGGUGAAGGAGCGUCGCCACAAGUUGGCCAUGCCGGCGGACAGCGAUUGGGAGAGUGGAGCGGAGUCGCAGCCCCAGCCAGCUGGGCAAUCUCAGCCGGAAUCGGAUGUGGAGGCACCACCCGUUCGCAUACUCGAGGGCCAGGCAGAGGCCAAUCUCCGCCAGCUGCCGCGUCACCUGAGGGAGUUCGCCAAGUUCUCCACCAGCGAACAGCUGCCGGAUGGCGGCCAAAUGGAGCGGCACGAGGAGCAGGAACGCCGGGAAGAGGGCACCGACAAUUCGCACAGCAGUGCCACCAAGAAGACGAGCAUCGUGAAGACGUACAAGGUGUCCCGACUGCCGCCUUCCGUCCAGGACAGAGCCACCGCAUCCGAGGAGGCGGACCCAAAGGCGGGAAUGGCGGGAAUGGGUGUCCGGCUGCGACCACGCCCACCCAAGCAGACGCGCUUCCUCCUCAACGCCCAGCAGCUGCAGCAGCAGAGGCAGCGGCGCAGCUGGUCGGAGAGCGAUCUUCUCAAGGAGAUCGACAGCGAGUUGCAGCUGGCCAAGGGCUUUCUCUACGCGAAUGUCUACAAGGUCAAGCACGAGUAUAUGAGCGAACCGGAGACGGGCAGCGAUCGUCCCCGGAAAAUGGCACAGUUAGGGCGAAGGCAGUACGACGGCAUCGGUCCGGUGACCAACGAUGGAAUGCCCAUCAUCCUCAGAUCGGAGGUCCAGGAGCCGCAUCAGCAUGAGUGGUACAAGCGUCUGUAUCAGACGAUUCACAAGCAGAAGAACGGCGAUGAUUUCGUGAUUCGCUACAAGUGUCCCAGAGCCCGUCCUUCGUACAAGAGCAACGGCUACGUCUCAGAGCCCGAACCCAACUACGAUUCCGACUACUCCACGGUGAGGUACCGCACCCAGAAUCCGCAUCGCAUGCAGUCCGUCUCAUCGGCUGUCAAUGUGCGCAACCUCAAUCAGGACGAAAAGUUGUAUGGUACUAUGCCAAAUCCCAUAAAGUCAGCACAGAACUCGUAUAAAAAUCAGCCAGGUCGCAUCGAGAACUAUACGACAGGUCAUUCGUCUGUUUCCGAAAAGGAAAAGAAGGAGUGGUGGGACGAAGUGAUGGACAUCUUUAACGGGUGGCUUAGGGAGCAUACACGCAUCCCUCGUAUUAUCAUAGAGUUCGUCGAUGAUUUCGACGGCAUCGGAAAUCUAGAACAAUCGAAACUAUCGCCAUUGUAUACUGAAGGUAACUUGUCCAGAGCUUUGGCCAAGGAAUCCGGCUAUACUAGCGACUCGAACCUGGUCUUCCGAAAGAAGGAGGUACCCGUGAGCAGUCCCCUCAGUCCCGUUGAACAAAAGCAGGCCUACAAGAGUCUUCAGGCAGGCGGAGAACCUCCACUGCUCGGCUUCCGCAAACCAGCACCCGAGAAGCCCCGUGAAAUUGUGGAAGAGUUCGAAUUCAUACAGAUCACUCCCACGCUCACAAAGAUUCGUGUGAGCACCAAGGAGCUAAUAGAAGAGGAGGAGCCCUUGAAGAAACCACCAAAUCAACCGAACCCACCGCCACCACCACCACCUCCUCCACCACCACCGCCGACUCAAUCUUUGACCAGGAGAAGAGAGAAGAAGCCGGUGAAGAUGUUCUCGCAGCUGUCGAAGACUCUGCCCUCGUUCAUUCCGCUGAGCAAGAAGCAGCCAGUCUCCCAACCGGAUGACCCAGCUCCAAGACCGCCUCACCGGAAGUCCAGCUGCACGAAGAGCACCGUGCGGGUUCUGAGUUCCGCCUCGAAGUCCCGUCAUGAGCAAUGCUUCCAGCCCCCGAAUGGAAGUGCUCCUGGGGUAUCCACCAUUACCCUGAGGAAGGUGGCCACCUCGAGCUGCUCCCGUCGCGAGCCCAUCUGUCGAUCAAAGUCGGCUGGAGCGGUGUCCACUCUUCUGCAGACCCUGACGGCCACCAAGGAGACCCGACUCACUCGUCAUCGCGUCCAGCCGCAGCAGCAGCAGCAGCUCCAGUCCCGCUUGAGGUCCUCCAGUCCCAGUAGACGACCCGCCCGUCUUCUGGCCCUUCGCCACUCCAGCCGCAGUCCCGUGGCCUUUGGCAGGAGCAUCUCCAAGGAGCGUAGCUUUGCCGAGGAGAAGAAGCGACUGGAGAACACCCUACCAGCUAAUCGCACCAACUUUGAGGCCAGCACCAAUAUACUGAGGGAUCCCUCCCUGAAAUCCCCGCAAGAGGUGCGAGAGGCAGUGCGUUCGUAUGCCACCUCGAGGAGCAAGUCCUUGCCCCGACUUCGUCAGACUACAGUGAGCACUACCACAAGACAGACCAUGUGCUUUCCACAAGUAAGACCCCAAACUCUUUUGGAUUGUGGAACUAGGUCGCUGAGGAAGUCCUCCUCAAAGACAGGAAAGGGUCAAGCUAAGAAUGGGUCAAAUGACAGCUUGCCCAGGAGCAACUCCACCUUCUCCAUUGAUUCGCUGGUGCGUCAGGAGUUUGUGCCCAUUGCACCGCCCAAGACGUAUGUGAGCAAGUCGAGGGGUUCCUUAUCAAAGGCAGUGGUUCCCCUUCAGAACAGCCGUAGCGAAGGUCAUGUUCCCAGGAAACGCCAGAAUGGAAAGGCCACCUCAAAGGCACCACCACCACCUCCAGUGACCGUCCAUUCCUACAGCGAAUCGGUGCGGGAGAAGACCAACUUUUGGAACGAGUACAAUGCCAAGCAGGCCAUGUCUUUGCCGCAGGAGUAUCGCUUCUGUCCGGAGGAUGUGUGCGAUUUUGCGAGUCAAACGAUCCAGCAGCCGUGCAUCGAGGAUCUGGUGUGGAAGUACGAGGGCAAGGAGCAGCGACCUCCUAAACCGGUGACCGUGACGGACAUAGCCCGUCCCCAAUCGCCUCAGCUGGGGCAGCAGGAGCGUCGCUUUUCGCCCACCAGGGAAGUCAGGGUACCCCAGAUCAGCAGGGAGGUGCGAUCCCCCUCUCGCCGGCGCAUCGAUAGUCUGCGUUCCAAGGAUAAGGAGCAGUCUUUGGCCAGGGCCAGUAGUCUAAGUAGCGCUGAUGAACGGAGGAGGGCCACUCCUGCUCCCUCGAAUGGACUUUACCAAUGCGGGGAGCUGGCCCACAGUGCCACCUCCUUGACCCACCUGGAGCGGCAUAGUCCCAGCUGUCGGUAUCGCAACAACUGCGAGCGUUUCACCGAGCUGAAUCGCUUCUACAGCACCUUGGAGAGAGUGGGUCAGCUGGAGAGGGCCACCUCCUCCAGCAGUUUCCAUCCCUUGAGGAAGGAUGCAGAACUCCUGGACUUUGAUGAGUGGCGACGCGUGCGACUCCAUGAAAGAGCUGAAAAGGAACUCCACUACUUAGUGGGCAAACUGCAAGAUGAUCAGAAACAAAGGGAUCUGCACUUCCGUUCCAAGGAUGUGGACUCCAUUAAGUGGCGUCAAGAGGCAGACCAAGCACUGGUUGCCAAAAAGAAGUCCGUGGAGGAUCUGCGCGACAAUUUCGAGCAGCUGAAUCUGCUCAGGCAGCAGCAGCAGCUCCAGGCGGAGCCAGUGCAUCGCCAUUGGAGACGCAACACGGUGGCCGAUUUGGCCAGCAGUCUGGAGCAUCAGACCUCAGCCGAACCUGAGAUGGAACGGCAUUUAGAUAACGAUCUGGUGAGCACUCUGUCUAAGGAUCAGAUCAAGAAAAUCACCCAGCAGUUGAACGAGAUCUACUCGGGAAAUCGUCAAAUUCCGGCCGUCGAGGAGCAGUAUGUGGUCACAGUGGAGAAGGGUUCCCGACCAAAUGGCCUGAAGGUGCGCUGCAACUCCACCAUCUCCAAGGAUCAGUUACUGGGGUCAGUUCAGCGUAAAAAAGGCGAACAGCAGUCCAAUCAGACCUUGCCCCGUGCCACUCGCAGCCAAUCACCUGUGGUGGUGGCCAGGGAAACCCGUGGAGCCAUUGCAGCCAAGAAUGCAGAGUUGACCCUGUGCAAGCCACCGGAUGUGCCACCCAGACCCAAGCCCUCGGCAAGUCAGGAGGUCAAAAGCAAGGCCCCUACCAAGGCGGAAACCAAGGUGGAAUCUCGCGAGCCAGCCGAAGACAUCAGCCAGAAGAUCCAGUACUUCGAGGAUCGCCAGUUUGAUGAGCCACCCAAGACCAUUUACCACGCUCGCGAGGAUUCCUCUCCGGAUGAGGCAGAGGUGAUGCGACUCAUCAAUCAGAAUAUGCAGGAACGUCAGCGGGCUAGGCAACUGCAUCACCACCAGGAGCUGAGUAAUUCCCUCACAGAUUUGAGUGGGGUGUUCGGAGAACGUCCUGCGGCCAGGGUAAAUUUUCACUUGCACAGCCCGCCCGACCGUCCGCCCGACGAUACCGAGCUUAUCAGCUUUGGGAACGGAUCACCGGAUCAAGGAGAAGGCAGUCUUGAGCUAUACUCCGACUCCUACUACCGAUCGCGCAGUCUGUCGCCCCAAUCCCAGGCCUCCGCCUGCUCCAGCUCCUAUCUGCAGAGGGUCUACACCGGGGAGGUGCGGAAGAUGCGCCAGCACUUCGAGAGUAUCCAACAGUCGGGGGAACCAUCCCGGGAGCCAUCCAACGAGCGGCGUGAUUUUUUUGGGCUUAGCUCGCUGCGGAGGGCGCGCAGCGAUCCCGAAAUGAAUGCGGGAUCCAAAGACGCCCCGGACACCGUUACGGAGGCGGUGUCGAAGGAGGAGGUGCCUCGAUUGACCCACAAGUUCGAAUCCAGGGCAGCCACGCCCUCGCCGGAGCGGGGAAGAAGGCGGCUGAGGAGCGCCCAGGACAGACUGAUGCCCCACAUCGAUAUCAUCAGCAAGACGGCGGCCCUGAAAAGGGAGUUAUCCCUACCCAUUCGAUCGAGUCCCACGAGGAGUGUGAGCAGCAACAGUCACUGUUUCGAGCGCCUGAGGAUGCGCUACGAAUCGCCGGAACCCCAGACCCAGAGCUAUCUGUCCACCUCGCAUCCGGAUAUGCGGGAUGUCCAUGACAUAUCACCGCACUUGAGUGCCGACUGGGUGGCCCACAGGCAUCCGGAGCCCUCGAAACCCAAAGAGCUGCCCCGAAAGCCUCAAAGAGCUUUGCGAGCCAGUUCCACUUCGCCACCUAGACCGGCCAGAUCGCAGAACCACCAGAUGAGAUCCCAGCUAACCAGUUGCAUGAAGGAUAUAUUCGCCAACCAGAAGUUCGAUCCCCAUAAACAUCGACCCAAGGCUCGAUAUGUGCCCGAUGGAGCAGAGAAUGGCAAUCAGAAGAGCAAGGAUAAUGGAACCUUGGAGCGCCUCAAGAAGACAGCCAUGGUGACUUUUAAAGAGUCUCCCAAUCGUUACUAUGCCACAGACGUGAACAUCCACUUCAAGACCCCGAUCAGGCAUGAGCAGCGCCAGAACGUGCCGGAGGAGGAACUAGCCAUUCGCCAAGCGGAGCACAUGCAGAAGCUCUACCACGAGGAGCGCCGUCGCAAGUAUCUACAGGAGCUGCAGGACAUGAACUCGCGCCGCCACACGGACAACUUCACGCCGUCGCAGAAGUCGCCCAUCGCCCUCAAUCGCUACGAUGACUUCCCCACGGACGUGACCCUCAAGUCGCUGGUGGGCCCCAAGACGGUGGCCCGGGCUCUCUUCAACUUCCAGGGACAGAGCUCCAAGGAGCUAUCCUUCCGCAAGGGCGACACUAUCUACAUCAGGCGACAGAUCGAUGCCAAUUGGUACGAGGGCGAGCACAAUGCUAUGAUUGGACUGCUCCCAGCCAGUUAUGUUGAGAUUGUCAGUCGAGAUGGCGCCCGUACCCCAUCCAAGCGGCCAUCGGAGGGCCAGGCCCGUGCCAAAUACAACUUCCAGGCCCAAUCGGGCAUCGAGCUCUCUUUGAACAAGGGCGAAUUGGUCACCCUGACACGCCGAGUGGAUGGAAACUGGUUCGAGGGCAAGAUUGCCAACAGGAAGGGCAUCUUCCCGUGCUCCUACGUGGAGGUACUCACGGAUAUUGGUGCUGAGGAUAUUGCGGCCAGGACAACCGUGAUCACCACCCAAAGCACCACAAAUCUGCGGCCUAAUCUCGAUGUGCUGCGCACAAACAUCAACAAUGAGUUCAACACGCUCACGCAAAAUGGAGCCCAGCCACCGAAUGGAAUCCUCAAGGAGACGCGGACGCUUCACAAGACGGACGCCCUCCACGUGGACACCAGUUCCGAGCCAUUGGCGUACCGCGCCCUGUACAAGUACCGGCCCCAGAACUCCGACGAACUGGAACUGCUCGAGGGAGAUGUGGUCCAUGUGCUGGAGAAGUGCGACGACGGAUGGUUCGUGGGCACCUCCCAGAGGACCGGCUGCUUCGGCACAUUCCCCGGCAACUACGUGGAACGGGCCUAGAGGAGAUCGGUCGGAGGAUCCUGCCCCCGGAUCGCCGUUCGUCUCUAAUCUUAAUGAAUUUGUAGUCUAAUGUGAGGAGGAAUCAGCGUGGCCGGGGCGAAGGCAGUUCUAUGAUUAAUUCUGACUUGGUUUUACUGGAUUAUUUUAUGUUGUUGUUGAAUAAUUCUUAUCCCGCUAAUUCUGCUGCUUUCGUUUUGCCGUAAUUUAAAGCUAUUUAUUUAUUUUUAAACAGAGCAUUAAUUAUAUCAAUGUUGGAAUUACGUUUAUUUAUGAGAUGCAAAUAUUAACCAGAAGUUGUCCCCUCCACCCUCCCAACUCCGACACCCCGUUCACCCAAACACACACACACACACACCAAAUAUCGAAGGACCUAAAUUAAGAUCAUACAUAUAUAUACUUUGUCGUUUACCUACUAAUUUUAACUAGUCACAGCUAAUUUCCAAAAAGAAAAUCAAUUACAAAAAAAAAAGAUGGAAGUGGAGACCGUUGAACUAAAGUGCCUUAAAGUUGAAAAUUAAAUGACUAAAAAUUAAAUCAAAAAA